UGAAGGAAGGGCUGAGCUACCGAGGAACCAGGAGGAGGGUCGUGGUCUGGUGUUGGGGGUCAUGCUCUGCCAGUAUCUGAGCUGUUCUAUUGGGUUGGAGAUCCCGCUGCUUUGCCCCAUUGGAGGGGCUCUUUUCCUGGAAAAGCUGGGAAAAGCCGGGCGGGAGGAGCGGGAACCAUGAGCCAGCAGCUGGAUGCGCCGCGGCCAAUCAACUGGACCAUCAGGAAACUGUGCGCUGCUGCUUUCUUACCGUCCGUCCGACUUCUCAAGGCACAGAAAUCGUGGAUAGAGAGAGCCUUCAGCAAGAGAGAAUGUGUUCAUAUCAUAGUGAGCGCCAAAGACCCCCAUAGGUGCUGCUGCGGCCGUCUGAUUGGUCAGCACGUUGGCCUGCCCCCAGGUAUCUCCUCCAGUCAGAAUGACAAGGCAGAGCGUCUGGCUAAGAAUGACAGUCUUUCUGAGAAAUGGUCAAUCAGCAAACACACCCAGCUCAGCCCCACCGAUGCCUUUGGAACCAUCGAAUUCCAAGGGGGGGGCCACUCCAACAAAGCCAUGUAUGUGCGCGUGUCUUAUGACACCAAGCCAGACCUCCUGCUUCACCUGAUGACCAAGGAGUGGCAGCUGGACCUUCCGAAGCUGCUCAUCUCGGUGCAUGGGGGCCUGCAGAACUUUGAGCUGCAGCCAAAACUCAAGCAGGUCUUUGGCAAGGGCCUCAUCAAGGCCGCAAUGACCACUGGAGCCUGGAUAUUCACCGGCGGGGUCAACACAGGUGGGCUGGGCGUGAUCCGGCAUGUGGGCGAUGCGCUGAAGGACCAUGCCUCGAAAUCCCGGGGGAAGAUCUGCACUAUCGGCAUUGCCCCCUGGGGCAUUGUGGAGAACCAGGAGGACCUGGUGGGAAAAGACGUGGUCCGACCGUACCAGACCAUGUCCAACCCGCUGAGCAAGCUGACCGUCCUCAACAGCCUGCACUCCCACUUCAUCCUGGCCGAUAACGGGACAACAGGGAAGUACGGCGCUGAGGUCAAACUCCGCAGGCAGCUGGAAAAGCACAUCUCCCUGCAGAAGAUCAACACACGUAUUGGCCAGGGAGUGCCGGUUGUGGCUCUAAUAGUGGAGGGGGGUCCUAAUGUGAUCUCCAUCGUGUUGGAGUACCUGAGGGACACUCCGCCUGUGCCUGUGGUGGUGUGUGAUGGGAGUGGGCGUGCCUCAGACAUCCUGGCAUUUGGACACAAGUACUCAGAGGAGGGAGGGAUCAUUAAUGAGUCUCUGAGGGACCAGUUGCUUGUGACCAUCCAGAAAACCUUCACAUACAGCCGGACCCAGGCCCAGCACCUCUUCAUCAUCCUCAUGGAAUGCAUGAAGAAGAAGGAGCUGAUAACAGUUUUUCGAAUGGGGUCUGAAGGACACCAGGACAUUGACCUGGCCAUUCUCACUGCUCUGCUCAAGGGGGCCAACGCAUCGGCUCCAGACCAGCUCAGCCUGGCUUUAGCCUGGAACCGAGUGGACAUCGCCCGCAGCCAGAUCUUCAUCUACGGGCAGCAGUGGCCCGUGGGUUCUCUGGAGCAGUCAAUGCUGGAUGCCCUGGUGCUGGACAGAGUAGACUUUGUCAAGCUGCUAAUUGAGAAUGGAGUGAGCAUGCAUCGUUUCCUCACCCUCUCCAGACUGGAGGAGCUCUACAACACGAGGCACGGACCAUCCAACACACUUUACCACCUGGUCAGAGACGUCAAAAAGCAAGAAUAUCCAGGGUUCAGUUGGAUCUACUUCAAGGGUAACCUGCCACCAGACUACCGCAUUAGUCUAAUUGACAUCGGAUUGGUCAUUGAGUACUUGAUGGGGGGAGCUUACCGAUGCAACUACACCAGAAAGAGGUUUAGAACUCUGUAUCAUAACCUCUUUGGACCCAAACGACCCAAAGCCCUGAAACUGCUGGGGAUGGAGGAUGACAUGCCAAUCCGGAGGGGUCGCCAGAAGACCACUCGCAAGCGGGAAGAGGAGGUGGACAUUGACCUGGACGACCCCGAGAUCAACCACUUCCACUUCCCCUUCCAUGAGCUGAUGGUGUGGGCUGUGCUGAUGAAGAGACAGAAGAUGGCGCUGUUCUUCUGGCAGCACGGGGAGGAGGCCAUGGCCAAAGCCCUGGUGGCCUGUAAGCUGUGUAAGGCCAUGGCCCACGAGGCGUCUGAAAAUGACAUGGUGGAUGACAUCUCACAGGAGCUCAACCACAACUCCAGGGAGUUCGGCCAGUUGGCUGUGGAGCUGCUCGACCAGUCGUACAAGCAGGACGAGCAGAUGGCCAUGAAGCUGCUGACCUACGAGCUGAAGAACUGGAGCAACGCCACCUGCCUGCAGCUGGCCGUGGCGGCCAAGCACCGCGACUUCAUCGCCCACACCUGCAGUCAAAUGCUGCUCACCGACAUGUGGAUGGGACGUCUGCGCAUGCGCAAGAACUCUGGGCUAAAGGUGAUCUUGGGCCUGCUGCUGCCUCCAUCCAUCCUGAGUCUGGAGUUUAAGAACAAGGAUGAGAUGUCUUAUAUGCCACAAGACCAGGACAACUACCUGCAGGAGAAGGAGGAGGAGGAGCCCGAGAAGCCAGCCAAUGAGAAGGAGGAAGAGGACAUGGAGUUCACAGUAAGAUCCUACUGUGAGACGCAGUACAACUCCGUGGCCAUGCUGGGUAAGGUAAGCACGGAGGCGUCUCGUAAGAAGGGCGUGGGGGAGAUCCAGAACAGACACCGGCUCAUCCCCAUGGGCCGGAAGAUCUAUGAGUUCUACAACGCCCCCAUCGUCAAGUUCUGGUUUCACACACUGGCCUAUGUGGCGUACCUCAUGCUGUUUAACUACAUUGUUCUGGUGAAGAUGGACCUGUGGCCCUCACCACAGGAGUGGAUCGUCAUUGCUUACAUCUUCACCAAUGGCAUCGAGAAGAUGAGAGAGAUCCUGAUGUCCGAGCCGGGAAAGCUGCUGCAGAAAGUGAAGGUGUGGCUUCAGGAGUACUGGAACAUCACAGACCUCAUGGCCAUCCUCAUCUUCUCCGUGGGAAUGGUUCUCCGCCUCCAGGAGCCGCCACUCAUGAGCUAUGGCCGGGUCAUUUACUGUGUCAACAUCAUCUACUGGUACAUCCGGCUGCUCGACAUCUUUGGCGUCAACAAAUACCUCGGCCCCUAUGUCAUGAUGAUCGGCAAGAUGAUGAUUGACAUGAUGUACUUCGUGAUCAUCAUGUUGGUGGUGUUGAUGAGUUUCGGGGUGGCCCGGCAGGCCAUCCUGAACCCCAAUGAGGACCCAUCCUGGAUGCUGGCUCGGAAUAUCUUCUUCAUGCCCUACUGGAUGAUCUACGGAGAGGUGUUCGCUGAUCAGAUCGACCAUGUGCAUAGUAGGAAGCUAAAGCACAGGCUGAAUUCAAAACUCUGGAUGAUCGAAAAUCAGUUUCGAGCUCAUGGAACCUGGCGUAAUAAUGCUCCAUGUGGCCAGAAUAUCACCACUGAGGACGGGCAUGUCGUGGCUCUGCCGCCCUGCAAGACUGGAGCCUGGAUCGUUCCUGCCAUCAUGGCCUGCUAUCUGCUUGUGGCCAACAUCUUGCUGGUCAACCUGCUCAUUGCUGUCUUCAAUAACACCUUCUUUGAGGUGAAGUCCAUCUCCAACCAGGUGUGGAAGUUCCAAAGGUACCAGCUCAUCAUGACCUUCUACGAGCGGCCCAUCCUCCCCCCUCCCCUCAUCAUCUUCAGUCACAUAACCAUGGUCCUCAAGCACCUGUGCUGUCGCUGGCGGAAGCACGACGACGAUGAGAGAGACUAUGGCCUCAAGCUAUUCAUCACUGAAGACGAGCUGAAGAAAGUGCAUGACUUUGAGGAGCAGUGCAUCGAGGAGUACUUCCGUGAGAAGGAUGACCGCUUCAACUCCUCAAAUGACGAGAGGAUCCGUGUGACAUCAGAAAGGGUGGAGAACAUGGCCAUGCGUCUGGAGGAGGUGAAUGAGAGGGAGCACUUCAUGAAGGCUUCCCUGCAGACUGUGGACAUUCGGCUGGCACAGAUGGAGGAGUUGAUAGGUCGGAUCGCGGUGGCCCUGGAGCGGGUCACCGGGGUGGAGCGGGGCGAGGUGAACAAGGCCCGCUCGCGCACCUCCUCCGACUGCACGGACUCGGCCUACGUGCUGCGGCAGGGUGAGUGUCCGGAUGCCGCUUACAUCCUACGCCAGAGCAGCUUCAACAGCCAGGAGGGGAAUGCCUACCGGCUCCCGGAGGCCCUGGAAGUGGGUGCCGAGGGCUCUAUGUCACCGCCAUCCCCCACCGGCCUCGCCACGCGCACACGCAGCCACUCCUUCUUUGUGGGCGGUGUCCGCGAGCGAGCCGGGGCUGACAGGGCCGACCGCUUUGCCAAGGAGCGCUCAUUCAGCCUGCACCGAGCCAACAGUUCACAGUCAGUGACCUCGAGCACCGCCCCCAAGGAGUCUAAGCCCCUCCCCCUAGCCAUGCUGUCCGUCUCCCAGCAGCACCGGCCCUCCUCCUGCAUCGACAUCUUCGUGUCCGCGUCCGAGGAGGCGGGGCCCGCCGAGGUCUUCCUGGACCCGCUGAGGAUGGCCCCUCCGUUCCAGCGUGACUCCUCGCUCCACUCUGAGAUCAUGGAGGCGGUGCUGUCUAGCGGCAGGGACUACAGCGGAGGCAGCGGCCCGGGCGACAAGCCGCCGACAGAGGGCGUGUUCGAGGACAGCGCGGCCGCGGACCUGUCGCUGUGCUCCGCCAACCUGCUCCCGGAUAACGCCAUGCCGCCGUGGGAGCUGGAACCCUCCCCUCCUCCAUCAGCGGGCCUCCUGGAGCGCUCCAAGAGCAGCCGCUACCUGUCCGCCGGCGGCGGGGGCUACCUGGAAGAGCCUCAGCUGGUCAAGUCUCACAGCCUGGUGUUCACGCCAAGGGUCUGCUACGGGGGCUUGGGGGCAGGGGUCCAGGUCAAGGCGGCCGAGUACACCAGCAUCACAGACUGUAUAGACACCAGGUGUGUCUCCGCCCCUUACCCCCCCGCCGAGCGCUCCCACUCCCCCGGGGGCUCCACCUCGUUCCCAUUCGACAAAGCUCCAGACAUGGGCUCCUCCCACCCGGAGCGCGAGGCGGAGCUCAGCCACACAGAGUCCGAUUCCGAGGAUCCGGACGACUUGGCCCCGGCUCCUGAGCCCCACCGCGUCAGGGGAGGCUUAGGAGGGGCCAGCGGGACGCCCUUCUGCGCCACCUUCUCUCGGCUGGAACGAGCCAACAGCUGCUCCUCGGAUGAAUCCUCCCACCCAUCCCUGGCCCUGCCUUCACACAGAAAAAGCCUGUCGGUCAGUGAGAGGAUGGAGAGGGGCUCAGACCGCGGAGGGCGUGGGGGGCUGGGGGGACCCAGGAACCCCUUCCUGAGGAGCAAGUCCGGGGCGAGGCCUGACGCGAAAGCGGACAGCCUGUCCAUGAGGAAGCUGACCACCCCCUCUGCGUUCCGCAGCUUUGAAAGCAGACACAACUACACGUGACAAUGACAAAGGGACCAGGACAGGGACAGGCCAUACUCUGUUACACAGGCCCACAGGGCCGGCCAGGAAGGAAGGCGGGGGGCCGUGGGUCAAAACAAAGUGCUCUGAAGCUAGGGUAGUUCUGAGCUCCUCCUGAAGCUGACUCGUUUGCGUGUUUGGUGAUGGAGGGUAUGUGCCGUGCCUGUCCGUCAGUUUAGUCAACACACCGUUACUGUAAUGCAUCACGUCUCAGAACACUAGCGUAGCCAGUAUAGAAUUUAUUACAGAUGAUAAGUCUCACACCACAGUUUAGUUAGAGUCUUUAGAAAAUAAUAAACGUGGCCGUCUGACAAUGUAAGACUGGAGGUCAGCAUUUCCGCCUCAACCCCAAAUGUCCUCAGGUUCUCAUUUCCUCUUUGCCCUUAAACUACCCAUCCCGUGCAUAUGACUCUUAGCCUCUGUGCUUCCACCAGGAGAAAUAGCACUGCAUGCUAUUGCAGCUGCAUGCUCCCACAGUAGUAGCUGCGGCAACCUCGUCCGCAGGGUCACUGUGCGCAACGCAUAGAUAUCUGAAACACCAACGGCUGUCUCGUGUCUGAGUCGUAUGUGGGUGUGAACAACAGGAGGAAUUAUAGAGCUUAAGUAAGUCACACUAGAAGCUGUGGCUCCGAAUCAGAAAAUAUGUGGUGUGCUAGUAGGAUGAGGUUUGAGAGGUGUUCCGAGGGAAGUCGUUCACUGAAAUAAAGCUAAUGUCUAUGGGUCAGGGCAGGUCUAUUUCUAUUGGGUUGAUGAAGGCCAUAUUUGGCCCGUCUGAGCACGGGAGGGGGGUGGGGGGGGUGACUGGUGGACCAGAUUACAGCAGCGUUGACUAGUGUAGUAGAACAAUCGUAGAAACCAGUCAGCUUUUAUAAAUGGACAGAGACACGGAGCAUUGCAAAGGUUUAUUUCUGGACAGAAUAGGGCUCUGUUAUGUAUAAUGCUUUAAAAUCCAUGUACAGUCAAGUAGCAACAGUGAACCGGAGUGAAAUCAGGGCAGUAUAAUCUACUACCAGCUACCUACAGGGAAGAUGGGACAUUCACGCUAGACUCAGCGAAGUGACGUUGCCAUCAGCUUCACCGCAGAUUAUGGUUGUGUUCCUCUGCUCAGAUGUUGCUGAUGCAUGCCAGAUAUCGCGCAACACCUGAAUAGGUAUUUUACUGAUCAGGUAACAACAUCAAAUUCACUUAACCGGCACGCAUCCAUUGGUUGUUGCGUGUAACGCCUGAGAAGAGAGCACGACCACUGCAGUGAGUAAGAUGCAAGGCCUCACACGGUACAUACGCACAUGUACGAGGCCUCACACGGUACAUACGCACAUGUACGAGGCCUCACACGGUACAUACGCACAUGUACGAGGCCUCACACGGUACAUACGCACAUGUGCAAGUUAUCUUCACGAUGUCACCACAUAAUAGCUAUGGGACCAAAACAGUGGAAAACACAAUCCAAUGCUCUCAGUUUUUUGCGGACAUUGAGCCGCUAUGCUGUUUAUUUUCUGCUUCAACGUCAUGUCGCUGAGUCUACUAUUUAAGCUAAGUGUCGACACAUCAUACGCGUCAUAAGUCUGUCUAUUUACUUGUGCUGUCCAAUCCCCUGUCAUCUUGUUUUUGGAUUACUGUGGCAUACAGUGUAGAGGUGUUAUCAAAGUGUGUACACAGACACACACACACACAAUCAUACAUGAAUGCCCAAAAUGUGUAUGGAAAGGGUGAGAAAAAGAUAUUCCUAUAUAAUGACAGAUUGAUAGCAGCAAUAUAAUCGCAAUGUUAUCCUGGAUUUCUUUAUCUACUUAGUGCAGUGAAAAACUGAAAACUGGACACAAGAGGGGGCUGUGACCCUGUUUAAGUAGUUCCUCCAAAGCACUAAGCCCAUCUCGAAAUUGGAACACAUCAAAAUCGGACCCAUUCAAAUAAAAAAUUAAAAAUUGCAAGUUAAAAUAUUACGUGUAGUAAUAGUGUUACUCAUUUCAGCAUUGUGGUGCUUGAGUCUUACACCAGCUAGUCUUGCAAAGAUACCAGCUAGUCUCCUAUUGGCUAUUAAUGGUAAGCCUCACAAUGAGGAGCCUGGAAAUAGAAGCUAGACAAACUGGCCUAUGAACCAUCCUUGGAUCCGUCCUUCUUACUUUUUAGGGGGGACCAUUCAUUCAUUAUGUUCUUCUGUUUAAAAAAGAGGCACCAGACUGACGAGAGUGAUCUUCUAGAAUGAGAAUUGCCUGCAUAUGUGGGACUACAGAAUAAUGUACAUUGUAAGAGUAGAGUAGAAGUGAAUGGUUAAAGAACUGAAUCCCACAAGAUGGAGUUAUUUGAAAUAUUAGCAUUUUCAGACACAGAGGGAGAACUUUCAAAAGAGAGAACCAGUGUUUUGUUUUUUUAAAUCUCAUCUCAAAUUGUCUGAGAGGAAUGGAAUACCUGUUACAACAUGUUUGUUAUAACGGAAUGAUAUUAGUAACAUUAACAUUGCAAGUUCUCAAAUUAGUUACUCUUCAUGUUUGUGUUUUAUAUUUGAUCAAUAUUGCAUCACUUCAAAUUAAUUACAUUGCAAUUUCGUUUGAUUGAUUAUAUUUACCUAUUUUGUUGCUUGCAAUGAAUAAUUUAAUGGCUCUUUGA